AUGCCUUCCCCUCAAGUUUCAGAAAAUAUCCUUAAAUUAAGCACUGGUGCUUCAAUCCCCCAAAUUGGUCUAGGUACUUGGCGUUCAGUGGGCACAAACGAUGCCUACCAUUCUGUCAUUGCAGCUUUGAAAAAUGGCUACAGACACAUUGAUACAGCUGCUAUUUAUGGUAAUGAAGCUCAAGUCGGAAAAGCAAUUAGAGAUUCUGGUGUUCCUCGUAAUGAAAUCUUCGUUACUUCUAAAUUAUGGUGUGCUCAAACCCAUGAUCCUAAACUAGCUUUGAACCAAACUUUGAAGAGAUUAGGUUUGGAUUAUAUCGACUUAUACUUAAUGCAUUGGCCUGUCACUUUUAACCCUAGAUCUAUCAAGGAUGAGGAUGGUUCCGGUGAUGCCUUCAUGACUAUCCCCACUGAUUCCAACGGUAACGUUGACGUUGAAAUGGAUACUUGGAAUUUCAUCAAAACUUGGGAAUUGAUGCAGCAUUUACCUGAAUCUGGUAAGACCAAAGCUGUUGGUGUUUCCAACUUCUCAAUCAAUAAUUUGAAUGAUCUUUUGGCUGCUUCAACUACUAAAGUUGUCCCAGCUGCUAAUCAAAUUGAAUUGCAUCCAUUGUUAGCUCAAAAUGAAUUGCUUCAAUAUUGUAAAGAAAAAAAUAUCUUGGUCGAAGCUUAUUCUCCAUUCGGUAGUAUUAAUGCUCCAAUUUUGAAAGACGAAACUAUCAAUGCUAUCGCUAAAAAGUUGGAUAUUCAAGUGGGCCAAGUUGUUAUGAGCUGGCACAUUCAAAGAGGCGGUUACGUUGUCUUACCAAAAUCUGUCCAUGAGGAAAGAAUUAUUGCUAAUCGUAAAGUUGUUACUCUUCCAGACGAAGAUUUCCAAGCGAUUAACAAUUUGGUCAAAGAAAAAGGUGAAUUGAGAGUCGUUGACCCAGAUUGGUCUCCAUUCCCAUUGUUCAAAUAA